AUGGCUUGUAAUAAAUUUUCGUCAUCCGCUUCGAAACAACAGUCAUGUCGUGACUGUUUCAAGACAAAAUUAGAACCAGUCUCGUCGAUUGCAGUCUAUCAACAAACACGUUCAAGUCCUUGGUCAAUGAAUCUUCAGUCACAUGAUAAAUCACAAACUGCAUGUAACUAUUUCUUACCAUCUCCAUGGCAACAGCACAAGUGUCGCGAAUGUUUCCAAGGGAAAGAUGCACAUGCAAUAGCACCACUGUUUCCAGUCACAGUCGAGACCUCUGAAACAAUUAGACCACCAGUUCGGAAGCCAUUAAUGACAAAUCAAGUGAUACCAACUACAGAGUCAACACCUGCAGCAUUUCAUGAACCAUCAUCAGCAAGAGAGGAACAUGUGCUAUUAGCAGAGAGUAAUACAAUCUACACUACGGGUGAUUAUUCAGUCUCAGAUUUCACAGAUGACAGUAUUUCUUCUAUUGAUGAUAACUGCGAUUCAACAUCAGCUUCAAUUCCCAUAAAACCUGUACACAUUAAGAUGGAUAUAGAAGCGAAGAAACUGUCACAACACCUUACUCCUUGUCGUUAUGGUUCAAAAUGUUAUCGAAGAAAUCAGAUGCAUUUCGAACAAUAUUCUCAUCCAGAACCACUUAAACGUCCAGACGAGCCUCAGCAAUAUCGACCGGAAGCCAAUAUGGAACAUGUGGAGAAACGAAAAACAAUAAUUGAACGAAUUAUGACAUCGAUUAUUCAUUUAAAAAAUCGAAAUAACUACUUUGAAAAUGAAAAUGAUAAAUUAUAUUCAAAUAUAUUGAAAAUGACUGAAAAUAAAGAAAUGUUGCAUCAAGAGUUAAGUCACGACAUAGAUAAACGAGAAAAAUGCACGGUAGAACACAAACAAAUAUUUACUAUAGACUGUAAUACACCAUUCUAUCGGGGCUUAAACGCUCUAUCGAAACCCUAUUGUGAAAUCGUUAUACCACAAAAUACAAACGAAUUUAGUGUGUGUAGUGAUCUUUUAAAUUUAACAAUUGAGACACAUGGUAAUAAAUUUGGUACAAUUUGUGGGAAAGAUCCAACGGAAUUUAUUAUCACGAAAAUUAGUCGAAUCGAAAAUGCUGAACUAUGGCGAGAGUAUUGUCUUAAAAAAGUAAGAACAACUGUCGAAAUAGUUUUACCUGCUAAAACCCUGCUAGUCAACAAAGAUUUUCAUGUGUAA